GGCAAAUUCAUUGUCGCUGUACAACAAUUCAGUUACACAGUCAUUACCACACCAAGACGAGUUCGUUCCUGCAAAUACGACCAUUCUAAUCGCCCCGAGUUUCCAAUCCUUCAGCUUCGCUAUCUCGCUUUGACCGAACGACCUUGUCAAUUCACUUCGUUUCAAGGAGACUAUUGAGUUGUUCCAGCCUGAAAUUAUCUGCAUCUGCGUGUGUUGAUCACAUCACAAGAUAUAUCAUACUCUCGCACCUUGACCAUCAGCUAUUAAGCUUUCGACGUGUCUCGCUCCUGUUUUUCAAUAAUCGAAGGGUUGCGCUGAUCUAUUCUCCGAGUCCAAAGGGUUGCUCAUUCCAUUCAUAACCGCGACUUUACGAUGAACAAUCGCAAUGGACCUUUGUCACCAGUUUCAAUAGGAAGCAACAACGAAUGGUCAGGAAUUGAAAAAUAUCAAGACGAUAACGAUUCGCCCUACCAGAUGAAUCGCGGACAACUUGCUUCACCGCCGAUAUCGAGCGGAUCAAACGGUACAAUGAAUGGGGGGGAUUUCCCGCCUAGAGGUACUUCUGGUGGCAGCCCUGGCAAUCCAUCUCCUCCGAGCUCCAUUGGCCGUUCAAGUAUCGGCACAGGUUUAUAUGCAGGGAGCGAAAGUGGGCAGGACAAGAAAGAUGAACAAUUCGAAGCCUUACUAUCAGAGCACUACGUUUCGUUAAAGCGAUACCUGGCAGCGUCGCUGAGAGAUGAGAAGGGGAAUCCUAGACCCAACAGAGCGCGAGAUAAGUUGCUACGAUUGUCUCCUGUUCAAUUCCAGGAACUUAGUACCGAUGUCUUUGAUGAACUUCUACGGAGGCAGCAGGCAGGGAGAAGGACUCCCAAUGGACAGAGAAAUGAUCAAGGACCUCCGCCGUACUUGUUGCCGAAAAACACGUUCCACCCGAAACGAAAUCAGGCCCGCCAAAAGUUGUCUACGCUACCACCGCCCAGGUUCAGAGAUUUAGCUACAGAUGUAUUUUAUGAAUUGGAGCGAAGGUUUCCGCAAUUCACGGCUGGUGAUAGAAGUCGUAUGGGUAGUCCUGUAUCUACGAGAGGACCUCCAAGUAGGAAUGGGAAUGGCACACCUGUAGAUUUGCCACCAAGAGGUCCAAGCCGUAUGCGCCGACCUUCAGACGCCAGCUCUAUUGGCCCCUAUUCAAUAAGAAGCGAGAGGAGAAGUGAGAGAAGCGAAUCGCGCAAUGGGUCAAGGAUGGCGCCGUCAAAUGGUCCAAAUGGUAGUUUGGGUAUUCCACCUUCACCUGGUGUACCACCUAAUGAUUACGGCCGACCGACACCAAAAACUUUUCAAAGCAACACAAUUGUACCUAACAAAAGUACUAUGGUUGAAGAUGACGAGAGCGGGCCUGAAGAUAAUGAUGAUGAUGACGGGGAUGCUUUUGGAUUAGAGGGAGCAGCAAGAGAUCGAGAGAGUAAGAAAAGCAUUGGGGGCUCAGAGAACGAUCAGAAACUUAUCGACGAUUACCAAUCUCAAAUAGCAGAGCUUCGAGAACGACUUGAUUCCAUGGAAGACGACUUGAAACGGAAGGAUGAUGAACUCAAUAUUGUUAUGGACCAGCAAAGGGGAAGGGAUGCAUCAGCAGAUGCGGACAGAAAGGAAUGGGAAGACCUUAGAAUAGAUCUCGAAAAUAGGCUUGCAGAUGCACAAAAUCUCAACGACACUCUACAAUCAGAAAUUGACCAAGCACGGGACUCACAAGCCAAUUCGGAUAGAGAGUUAAAGUCUCAAAUUGAAGAGCUUCAAAUUGCUCUUGUGGACGCUGGUAAAAGCGUGGGAUCCAGCGACGCAGAUCUGAAAAGGGAAAACGAAGAGCUCAGAGCUGAGCUCAGAGAGCAACAAGAAAUCACCGAGGACGUUCGAAGUGAAGCCCAGGAGUUCCUUCGCGAAAUGAGGGUGUUGUCUGAACGAAGUACUGCAUCUUAUGAACGGGAGGAGCAACUUGAGACCAUGGUCAACAAGCUAGAGGAUGAAGUUAAGGAUUGGAGAAAUCGAUAUGCGAAAACAAAGACUCAGCUACGUACCUUGAGAGUAUCUUCAGUUGGCCUACCGAUACAAGAUGCAGCUAAGUAUGCAAAGGACACUGGGUUUACCGCAGAGAAUGGCGUUAUCAAGGAUGUUCAUAUUACUAAGUUUCAAGUUUCGGUUGAUGAGCUUUUACAGACGGCGCGCUCCAGCGAUCCUGAAAAGGUGAUUGAAUACAUGAAGAAUGUAGUUAUCAAUGUACGACAAAUCUCCCAAGAUAUCGAUAAAGCACCACAAAGCAGUGCAGAGUUGGCCCAGAAGCAGGCCAAGCUUAAGUCUAGACUCUCGGCGACGGCGAACAAUCUGAUCACCGCAUCCAAGAAUUUUGCUGGGGCCAAAGGGCUUUCGCCCGUUUCAUUGCUUGACGCAGCCGCUUCCCAUCUUACCACGGCGGUAAUCGAGCUUGUCCGGACAGUAAAGAUCAGGCCUACGCCUGCAGGAGAGCUAGAAGACAAUGGUGACGAUACUGUAGUCUCAAACGAAGUAGUAGUACCUGCGCCUGUAUCAACUCAACCCUCUACCAUCGGAGGACUUUUCUCAUCCAAGUCUGCUACAACAACUGAACCCAAACCCGCAGCAACCAAACCUUCUACUGGAGGCAUCUUUGGAUUCUUUGCAUCACGUGAAGUCAAGCAAGAGAAUGUUCCACCUCAGCAAGAAGCCGUUCAACCACAAAUAGAGAAUGUUCAAUCCCAAAAUGAUGAUAGCAAACAAAGCAUGGAUUCACCACGUCAAAGCCUAGACAAUUAUGACAGGCAAAGCGAGGACUUACCGAGGGAAAGCUUCGACGAUUACGUGCCUGGCCCAUUCCUUGGUCUAGGGAAUAAUCGUGCUAGCACCAAUUCAUCUAUGUACAGUCCAAUCAACUCCCCUCGCGAAUCAAUCGUCAUUCCCACGAGUUCUGUGAAGGACACUCUAAAGGCAGCCGAACCUAGUCCUAGAGAAAAUCCUCUAAGCCCAAUGACUAAUGGCGUCGAGCCUGUUAAUGGAAGCGCAAAGCCACUUCCACUGGCAUUACAAGUGCCCCGUGGUCCCCCAAGUGCUCCUCCAAGUGCUCCUCCAAGUCCCCUACCAGCUCCAAUGGGAGUGGGGUUCGGCCUCAGAUCGCAAGAUACUGAUAUUGAAGAUCUCAAGAUAUAUCUUGAAGAUCAAACGGCGCUCUUAGUCCAGAACAUCCAGUCUCUAGUCUCUUCUAUCCGUUCAGAAGGCGGCAUAAAUGCCAUCUCAACCCAGAUUGACGCAAUUGCCAAUGUUGUUGGUGAAGUUGUUGCUUCCACUGAGGAAGCCAUGGUUAACAAUCCAGAAAUCCGCUCACAAUGUCAACCAGUCUUGACAAAACUUUCUGGGUGCAGAGAGCAAAUCAUGGCUGCAGGGGAAGAGGGCAGAGAAAUUGCAAUCGAGGGAAGGGAAGAUGACAAAGGUGAUGCAGAAUGGCGAGCUUGGAACCAAAGUCUACCUCCUAUCGCGUUCGAAAUUGCCCGAGAAACCAAAGAAUUGGUCUUGAGAGUUGAUGUGCUUGAUGGAGAAGGUGGUGGAGAUGACGAUUUCUCAUAAUAAUUCGACCAAUGAUUAACGGGUUUCCGGGCAUCUUUUCAUGCAAGGACCACCCACAUAUCAUCUUUCAUCUGGUUUUUUUGCUGCUUGCUUCAUUUUUUGCAUAGCCAUGGAUGGUUCAUUUCUUUUAACGCACUAUUCCCAAUUUCUGGUUUGCAUUGGAAUUUUACCCCUUUUGCAUUCAACAGUUUUGUGUUUUCUACUAUUUUCUUGUUAUACGACAAAGCAUCGUCAGACGAGCGCACCAAUUGACGAUUUGAAUUGAUUGAAUGGGCACAUGUUUUUGGAGGCGGUGGCGCACCUCCCACGCACGCAUGCAUUAUUGAUGGAUACCUUUUUAUGUUAUUUUUGGAGGGUUUCUUUAUUUUUGCCGGCCUAAAUGCUAGCUGGCAUUUCUGCUUUUGACUCGGGGUUUAAAUCGCACACAGCAUAAUACAUAUCUACCGAAUCAUUAAUGAGAAGAUAAUUGCUAGUUUUAUUUUGGGGAUGGAAUGGGGAUGAGGUGGGGUGGACGUUUAUCAGUUCAGUCUCAGGGGUCACUGGAUCAAGGAGAGGAGAUUAUUCAAACUCGUGUAUAUAUUUGUGGGAUAUGAAAUGGGGAGAUGGGACGGGAAAUACAAAGUCCUCAUAAACUAGACACUUGCUCAUUUUCGAGAAGUGCAGUUGGCAAAAUGGAAUGGAACAUUAGGGGGAGAUGAGAUUAGGCUGGCGAUAAAGGAAAGAAGGCGGCA